GCUGCCGGGCGGGCGGCCGCGGGGGCUGUCAGUGAGGCGCGGAGCCGGCGGCGGCGCCGGGCGGUCCCUGCGCUGAGGGCAGCCCGCGGCCACCGCCGCCACCACAGCCGCCAGCAGCAGCACAGCCCUGCCUCCCGGAGCGUCCCGGAGCUUCCCGGCCAGCUCCCCCCGAGCAGCCCCGGGCGGUGACGGUGAUGAUGAACAGGUUCCGAAAGUGGCUCUACAAACCCAAGAGAACAGACCCGCAGCUCCUUGCUCAAUUCUACUAUGCUGAUGAGGAACUAAAUCAAGUAGCAGCUGAACUGGACAGUUUGGAUGGAAGAAAAGACCCACAGAGAUGUACGCUGCUAGUCAACCAGUUUCGCUCUUGUCAGGAUAAUGUUUUGAACAUCAUAAAUCAAAUCAUGGAUGAAUGCAUUCCUCAUGAACGGGCCAACCGAGACUUUUGUGUUAAGUUUCCAGAGGAAAUACGCCAUGACAACCUUGCAGGACAGCUUUGGUUUGGAGCAGAAUGUUUGGCUGCUGGUUCGAUUAUUAUGAAUCGUGAAAUUGAGAGUAUGGCUAUGAGACCGUUGGCCAAGGAUCUUACCCGCAGCCUAGAGGAAGUUAGAAACAUCAUACGUGACCAGGCCUUAAGGGAUUUGAACCUCUACACAGAAAAAAUGAAAGAUUCACUCAAACAUUUUGAUGUCCUUUUUGCAGAAUUUGAAUUAAGUUAUGUGUCAGCCAUGGUACCUGUGAAGUCCCCAAAAGAAUAUUAUGUACAGCAAGAGGUAAUUGUACUAUUUUGUGAAACUGUGGAGAGAGCCUUAAGGCUUGGAUACCUCACUCAAGAUAUGAUUGAUGACUAUGAACCAGCUUUAAUGUUUACUAUCCCAAGAUUAGCCAUUGUGUGUGGCCUUGUAGUCUACUCCGAGGGACCACUGAACUUGGACCACAAGCCAGAAGAUAUGUCUGAACUCUUCAGACCUUUUCACACUCUGUUAAGAAAAAUAAGGGAUCUACUUCAGACAUUAACUGAGGAUGAACUGCACACACUGGAGCGUAACCUCUGCAUCUCUCAAGACGUGGAUUUUCCUGUCAGAACAGAUCCUGAAGUACCUUCUGUCAUUACACCAGGCAUAACUGCAACAUUGCCAGCAAAGGAGCUCUCGGCAAAAGCUGAGAACACAGAGGCUGAGCUGGCUUGUUCGAUGCAGUAUGAUGAACAGGAGCUGGAACAGCUGAAUAGGAUGGUACACAGAGUCGGAGAUGAAAUGUCUUCUCUGCUUUCCCCUCCGAGCAUCUGUCAGUCCCCAGCUCACAGACCUAGCCUAAGAAAUAGUUCUAGCACAGAAGCUUCACCAACAAGACACCAUCUUGACAAUUUAACUGAUGAAGAGGACAGAGUGUUUUUUAUGGAUGACCUAGAUGGAGCAGGAGAGGCUCUUGCUGGGUUGGAUUCAGUAAGUGAUACCUUUGCUUGGGUGAAUAACCCUUGCCACAGUUCAAAACAGAACCUGCAAUACAGAGAUGCUCUACUGUAUGAGAACGGUCAUCAGACAGAGGAAACCUUGCUUUUAAAAGAUGCAGAAAGUGAUGUAAGCAAUAAUAACAAUAUUGAAGACAGCAAACAGAUGUCUGGCAUCUCAGUUCAGAAUUCAUGCAGCUGUUUGGAAGGUCCGGAUUCACAGUUAUACCUCAAUGGUUGGGAUGCAUAUGCUGAUGAUGCAGAAAUGGCAGAAAUGAUAGCUCACAGGACAGGGGGAAUGAAAAUAUCUGCUACUGUAAUAUUCAAUCCUAAAUCUCCCUCUAGCUCAGAAUCCCCAGUAACACCCGAAGCAGCUAUUAAUUGUGUUCCUGGAUCUGCUAAUCCGUUAGCAAAUGAGGAGGAGGAUGAAUCCCAUAAACUCAGUAUAGCUGCCACAAACUGUCUAAUUAAUUCCUGUGUGUGUUGUGGCAGCUGUGAAGACAGCAGGGAGGAGAAUGUGGAAGGUUUAAAGACUAAACAUUCUGCUGGAGGUGUUGUAAAUGCUUCAUACACGUUAGUGAAGUCUAAGGAAAUGGACCAUGUAGAUAACUUGGACAAUUCAGUCCCUGCACAGGAAACAUUAAAACCUGAAACCUCUGCUUUGUUAGCAGAAAGAGACUUUGGCAGAGAAGAGCAAAAUCUGCCGAUCUCCUCUAAGUGCCUGGCACAUUCCUCAGGUUCACAGGUAGGAGCAGAAGAUGACUUGCAAGGAGAAGCAGAAAGCAUCUCAAAUCAGCAGAAGAGGUGGGAGAAGAGAAAACAGCUAUGUGAGAAAAAAGUGGAGAGCAAUGAAGAUGCUAGUAGUGAAAGGGCAGCCAAGGAAGACAUAAAAUCAAGAUCUAGUUCAAGUUCUCAGGAUGGCUUACGUGAUUCCCCCCUCAGCUCCAUCUCCAGCAGUGACUAUGAGAGUGUUUCUGUCACUACAUGUAGUCUCUCCAGCAUAUACGCUCUGAGAUCUUUGUAGAAGGUUCCUUCUUCUAGCCUGAGAGAUCUGAUGGUGAAGAAGUUAAACUUUCAUCCAGUUCAGAAGAAGAUUUUUUGCAAAAUGUUUAUUAAGCAGUAUCCGGACUUGAGGUGCCCAUAUCAGUAGUCAACUUUCUCAGUGAAGAGUAAAUAUAUUCCUUGUAUUUCCAAAGGUUUCAGAGAAACUGUGGGUUUUAUGCAGACUUGCAUGUGUUUGUAUAAUUUCUGUAUUACAUCAAUGUGAAUGUGGACUAAUACUGCCGACUUAAUUGAAAAUGAGAUGUUUGUAGCUACAGCAGGGAAGUGGCACUUGGUCUAUUGUUUAUAUUAGCUCCAGGAAACAAUGCAUCCAGCUUUUCCUUUUUUUACUGGUAUCUGUUUCAUAAAUGUAAUCUUUAGAGCAAUUUUUAAUGUAACUAUAGCUUACUGAAUUGUAAAUAGGCAGCUAAUAAAAUACAAUGCUGGAAGCUUAUCCAUUUCGUUGUCAGAAGCAGUAAAGUCAGUGGCUUUUAAAAAUAAACUGUUUGCAGAAAUUUGUUUGUAAGCUUUCAACGUGCAUUAAAAUUAACGGGCAAGAUCCUGAGGGAGCCAUUAAUUUGAGUGGAAACCGAAGAGAAGGCUAUUCAUAUGCUAACUGAAUGAGAUGACUUGAUAAGCUUAAAGCCAAGAAUGAACUCAAGUUCUUUGAAAGACUGGAGGUAGAAAAUGGCCACAAAAACAUUGUUUUGGGGAUGGUGAGGGAAAAAAGUGAGAUGGAAGCAAAACAAGGUAGGGACAAUUAGUUGAUUUCGAGCCUUGUUGGAAUUUGAAUCUGAAGUGCAAUGUGACUGAAGCCAAAGCAGCCAGAAAUUAGAGCGGGAUGUUUAUUGGGCUCUUGGUUAGAAUAUCUCUAUCCGCAUGUGUGUGGGCUGAGCCCAAGCUCUCUGGAUGUCCUUGAAGGAUAUCUCUUACUGUGUGGCAUAUGCUGAGUGUGGCCCUGUUAGAACAAACACACACGUGUGAAACAAAGUGGGGAAGGUUAUCGCAGUAUAUAAACUAGAAGGAUGAAAUUUUGAUUACUGCUUCAGAGCUAGAGGGGGUUUUGCCAGAGCUUGUUUGAAGCUGCCUUGCCUGUCAGCUCCUGUGGAUGGAUGGUGCCUUACAAACCCAGGUGCUUCACUGGGCUUUUCAUCAGCAGAAGUCAGACCUCGGAGGGGAUGUGAGAAGGCAAGGUAACUUAGUUGUUCAGCAGGACUUUUAAUUAAACUAGGAGAAUUCGGUUCCUUCAUCUCAUGGUCCAGAGUUAUCCAUUGGUCUGUCUUAUAAAACUACAGUGCAGAUUACUUGCCCACAAGUUUUAACAGACAUCACAACUGGUCCUGGGGAUCCAGUAGCUGGUAGUGUGGGGCACAAGAGAUGUGCUAGCGAUCUAUUUCAGUUGAUGUGUCACAGUCAACCCGAUCAUCUCUCUCUCCAAAUCAUCCCUCUUGCAGUUUCAUCAUCACAUUUGUUCAAUCUAUACAAAAUAACAGAGUGAUUCAGCAUUAAUAUUUGGUGCUGUAAUUUUUUGGUUUAACCAGUACAUUGCUGUAGAUUUUCCUUCCCGCUUUUUCCAUAAAACUCCUCUUCAUGGAGAAACGGCUCGUAACUGGAAAAAGGCUGGUGAUAAUUGCUGUACACGUACUGUACUGGAGUCACGGAAAAAAAAGAGCUCAUUGGGAAGAGCUGUAGGAUUUUUAUAGGGGUUUUUAUACCUUGAGAAAAUUCGGAUGACUCCUGAAACAGGUGCCAUUCCUUCCUAAUGGUUUUAAGCCCCAAAUUGUCUCUGUAUGUUUUAGGCAUUGCGAGUCUGUGCUGUUUUGUACAGCUCUGCCACUCAAGCAGUGUGAGGGCAAUUAAUAUGCAUAUUAAUACAAUCAUAAACAGGCUGCUGUGUGGACUCUUCUUGCUUUGCAGCUAAAUCCCUUGCCCCACCAACCAGCUGAGCAGUAGCAGCAAAAGUCAUUACUGAUGAGGUCUGUCAGCUUUUGCUUAUGAUUUUAGUCAGCGAGACAUAUGUGACUGCAGCAGAUGUCUCCGGUUUCUCACCGCCAGGAUCCUUCUUGAUGUGUUCCGUGCCAUCUUGUUCUUCGCUCUGCAAGACAAAAUUAAAUCUCCAAAUAGUGCAGCAUUUUUGAAGCUUAGUGUUCCCUUUUAUAGGAAAUUCCGCAAGGUAUUUCUAGGUAGAUUAUAUGCGUAUCUUUGUAGUGAGUAACAAGUAGCUGAUGCAGAUUUUAUUUUCUCGAGGAAUAACCCAGGCAUCUUGUGUCAACUACUUGCUAACAAGUGCUUUUUACAGCGGGAGGGUGAAAAUGCAGUUGAGUUGUUUUGUUUUUUUGGUCUUUCCUAUUAAAAUGGUAAAGCUAAUGUUUUAGAGAUGUUAAAAUGCCCAAUAUGGUCAAAGUAAAUUAAAUAUAAAAUCUGUUACUUUCUGUGUAAAUGAAGUGAAAUAGGGCAAUAUUUUAAGCUGACUAGCAUCAGUGGCAGAGGCAAAGAGUCUCUUCUAGCAAAAUUGCUAGACACCCCAGAAUUUGCCAUUGUGUGGCUGUAAUCCAGGUGGCGUAUUUGGCUGGAGACUGACACAAAGCAAUCCUAAUGGGUUAGUAUUUGUGUUUCUACAUAGCUUGCUUGUAAUUUUCAUUUUUAGUAAUUUGGCCACAUUUAACUUAUGUUCAUUUUAAUGAUGUGUAAAAUCUGUUGUUGAAUAUCACUUGGUGUUCCCUGUGCUGCUAAUAGAACAAGAAUUAUUGGCUCUCAGAAAUUACGUUUUAUUUGACAGAUCUUUUUUCUUUUUAAAACCCCCAAACUUAAAUAACAUGUUUGGGAGUUUUGAGAUUAUGCGUAAUUAACUAAAAUCACUAUAGUAACUGCAGGUUUGCAGGUUCUUUGGCAAUGCCUAAAAUCAAGGUAUGUUGUAAAACCACAAUUUAUAUUGCAAGAAAAAACGGGAUUUCCUCAUACAGCAGCAUUGAAGUUGAAAAAUUAAGAGAAAGCUUUCUUUUCUAAUUAAGAUUUUAAGGCUCCACCUAAUACUUGAAUUAGCUUUCCUCAGCUUUGACUCCCACGGCUGCAUACAGAAUUCCUGCGGGAUUCUCCUAGACCCUAGGAUGCUUUAGUGCUUCAGCUGGUAGCUUUAUAUUAUUUUUUGAGGGAACCGAUGGAGGUGAUAUGAAAACCCUGUGCUAAUAAGCUUCCCUAUCCGUCAGAGUUCCUCAUGCUGGAAGAUGUUUCACGGUGCCUCUUCUUUAUCUCUGUGUCUGCCACACACAGCCGUUGCAACUCAAGAGAGCAUCUACUGGAGCUGGAUGCUAAAUUAAUUCACUUUUUAUUAAGCCAUACAGUAUAGUUGCUUGCAUAUCACAGGGGACACUGCAGAAGAGCUGUAUGAAAUGCCUUUCUUUGCCCUUGGAAGUAUUUGUAUCCAGCAUCAGGUAUCCAGGUUCAAUAUAUCCUGUGUCAAGUUCUGGGACUGAUGCAUUUCUAUUAUCAUGUUAGAUACCGGAGCUGGUAUUACAUAUCAUUUCUGCAUAAGUGCUUAACCAUUUCUGCUUUUCACUUUCAGUUUUUCCAUUUCAGGAUUAUUUUUAAAGUUUAAGUAUUUCUGUGCUCUAAUCUCAUACUGUUUGUUCUUUUUCAACGUGAGUGAAUGCUUCAGAGCUUUAAAUGCAUGUUUGAUUACAGGGAAGUGUUAGGAAAAACAUCAUGGUGGAAUUGGGAAAAUCCUAGUAGAACCUAAGCAAUUCUAACUUCUUACUUUUUCAGUUCUAGUUUUUGUUGAAUUUUACAAUGUCUUAUCUUGCAGGUCUUAUCCCUUCUUGGUUUAAGUUUUUAAGAAAACCAGUAAAAAAUGGUACCUUGCAAGUACCUGAUACUAAAUUUGAUAGUAAGAAGGCAGCCCUGUUGAUUACUAAUGCUCUAUUUGUUCAUAUUCACUUUUAUAUACAUUUUAUGCAUAAUGAACAAUUUUAUCCAUAAAGAACAAUGUUCUUUGGGAGAGAGCAUUGUCAAAGACAAUACCUUCUGGGCUGGCAAGGUCGUUCCUUUUAAUCCCCACUUGGAAUACAAUAUCAUUGCGUUCUUCUGAAAACCCAGGCUAGAAUGGUAUUGAGUUUGAAUAAGCCAGUUGUCUAGCUAGAGUUUCUUAUGGUGGAUCUACUUAGCAACAUGGUGCUUCAACAGUUGUGUUUUUUCAGAUGUCCAGCAUGGUAGGUACAACAGGAAUGCCCUGCAGUUUCAGGAACUGAGGAAGGAUUCAAGAUAUUUCUCCAAUGGAGUGGGCUGCUGCAGAAGCUGCCAGAGUGUGGAGCAGAGGUUGUUCUUGUUGACUUCAUACUCAGCAUGCUGAGGAGGGAAUGCUGAGGGAUUUUUCCUGGUUGAAGAUAACACUUAGGACCCAUGGUUCGUCCCACUUGGCAAUUUAUUUAUUUUAGUCUGCCCACUUCAGCUGACGAAAACAACGCUUGGAAGGGGCUUCUACACAUCUUACAGUGAUGAAAAGAUAAUUCCCCUACAGUGGAGUUCAAAAGGCUGACAGCAGAUGGGGCUUCUAGCACGUGUCCUAGAUGUAUGGGGCUGGGCACGGAUGGUACAUGCGAUAAGGCUGUAGUGCAGUCCGCUUCUUCUGGUGGUGCCCAGCUAAGUUGUUGCUGCUAGAGGGGUUUGCAUGCAGUUCUAUUAUUUGUUUCUCGAGACAAUAAAGUUUUGAAGCCUUUGGAACAUUUUAUGGGCUUUCUUUUAUCCUCUUUAGCCUUUUUUUCUUAAAAUAGAGAGAAAAUACAUAAGAGAUUGCACACAAAAAGCCUCUUGACUUAAUAAAAGAGUAAGGUUAGGAAGUCAAGAAAUAAAGUUUUGAAUUAAAGCUUUUUUAGUCUGCUUUAAAUGUAGCUUCUGGGAUCAUUUAUUAAAAUAUAGUCCUUUGCUAAAUAACCAUAUGCUAUUACCCAAAUAAUAAGACAAGUUCUGGGUUUGGUUUAAAUGACUCUAAAAUUGGAUGUGAAGCCCACCCCCUUCACUUAAAAUAAUUGUAAGAAGCCAUUAAUCUCAUUGUAGUUUUCCUCCGAACCAUAUUAAAACUAGUACUUAUUAGAAACAAAAAGGUUUUAACCUGCUGUUUAUUGUAUCUUUUUGUGAGAUAACCAGAAAAGAAAUGCCAGAAGCACUGCAAAAGGCAGGAUAGGAACUAGUAAUUUUUUUCUUACUUACAUGGAGUCAUGCUUCUCUCAUUCAAACCCCUAUCAUUUCCCUCUUGUCAUUCCUCACGUAUACAACCUUUGCCUUUCUGCAACCAUUGUCUGAUCCUUUAGAUGGCCUUUGGAGCAGUUCUUUCUGCAGAAUGGAACCCGGAGCUGACUGCAGCCUUGAGGCACUUGUAAUAGCUUAGGAGAGACCUGACUGACAGCUCGGUGGUGGGGUUUCCAGUUACAGCCCACGCAAGUAUCAGUGGGAUGAAUGCACCAGUUACCAAAGUAGUUUUAGAAACCCUCUUCAGACAAUUACAGACUUGCCUGAAAAAAAAAAAAAAAAAAAGUUUUUUACUUAAAGUAUCAAAAAAUUCACGUGAGAGAGAAAAAAGCUUAAAUAUCAUAGAUUGGAUGAGAAGUAUGUGUUGCUGAUAUUGCUCACAGAGCACAAGAAGGGCGUUGUGCUAAAUUAUGUAUGAAUCAAAAUGUAAUAUUUUUGAGGAAAUAGCAUACAAGUGUUUAAGAACAGCGUAUUUAAAACACACAUAUAGGGAAAUUCAAGCACACAGUAUAGCUCUGCAUUCAGAAAAUAUUGAUAAAGUGUGGCAUUUUGAGCAGUGGAAAUGACAGAUUUGUUUAGGCCAAGUAGUGCAAGUGGAUUGGUGUCAUUUGAGUCAAAGGAACCGCGCUGUUUUAUUCUUUGGGGGCAGUCUCUCAUCAAUUUGUUUAAUGAACUGUAAUCGAUACUCUGGAAUUGACCAUUGUUCCUUUGCAGAAGCUUUCAGCAUGAUUGUAGUUGUGAUGUCCUCUUAUGUAAAUAGGGACGUGUGAAAUUGUUUGUGUGUGGUAUAUAUGAAAACCUUCUGCAAAGUGUUCAUGCUUCCUGACUGUAGGAGGAAUCCUACCUGAGGGAUUUUGCCUCAAAAUGCAUUACUCUGAUUUUGCAAAGUGCCUAAACCUCUGCAUCAGAAUAGGACUAUUUAAUGCAGGUAUUU